UCAAGCUCUGAGACUUUUCAUUGUCCUGUUGUAUUUCACUUUCAAACGGAAUGCUCGUUUCUUGCAGAGCAAAAAGCAUCAGCAACUGCAGACUGAGAUGGCAGAGUCUCAGAAGAAAGAUUCUUCUUCUGUCAGUUUGAAGGAGAAAAAUUCCUUGCUAGAUCUGGACAUUGGAAAGGACUUCCUUAGUUCGUGGAAAUCAAUGUCAAUAGCACAAGGGGAUGAAAUGGAUUUUGACCUUACGCCAGUUACCAAGGGCAAUAAAAAAUCAUUUGACUUUGACAAAGCCUGAAGAAAGUCACUACUCUUAGGCCUAACGAAAUUGCUAUCAAAACUUCAGGGAUAUGGAUUUUAAUUUGGACGGUGAUUUUGGAAAGAUACCAUCUUUCAAUAUGGAUAUCACAGAUCUGGAUAUCUCCCCACCACUUAAAAAAGAUGGAAAAUCCAAGGAGUAGCCUGAAGAAUCAUCUGCCGGAAAGGAUAAAGGAAAGAAUGAUCGUUUUGCUUUUGCAUUUGAUUUUGAUGAGUGAGUGUGCAAAAGCUGAUACUCCUUCAAAAUUCUUUUAUUGUAUGGAUGUGUUUCACGCUCCAUUUUGUUGAGGUCAUCCUAUAAUAAGCUUACCUGCACUAACAGUGGGCCUGGGUCUAGGUUGGAAACUUUCAGUUUUGAGUCAAGCUUAACAAAAGAAGAGCCAAAAGCUCAGAAAGACAAAAAUAACAGAGGCAGUUCCCUGAAUGGAAGUGGGUGUCAAGAUAAGGAAGGUUCUAUGCACAUGAAUCUACUUGAAAAUGUGAACAACUUAGAAGAUAGGCCCAUGAAGCCAUCUUCACCAGGGACCAAGAUUACUUUUGACAUGGAUAGUCUAGUUGGAGGAGCAACAGAUCUUGAAUCGACAAGGGAAAUUUGCCUUCCGAAUUUGGCAAUGGAUGAUGCUGUUACUGCAGAACAGGCAUCUGCUUUUGAGGAAGCUACAUCUGAUAAAACAAAAAGCCUUCCAGAGGCAACAAUUGCUUCCAGGGAGCUACCAAAAAUCAGUCCAUCUGAAAAAUUGAUUUUCCCAGAGUCAGUUGAUCUUCAAGCUUCUGCUGAGAAUGAUGUCAUUCAGGAUUUGUCAUCUGCUUAUCUCUCCAAGAAUGAGCCAGGUGGAGGUAAUUCAUCAGACGUGGUUGAUUUCAUGGAUACAAAGGCAACUGGCUCAAGUGGAGAAAAAGAAAAAAAUACUGAUGAGCGAUCAAUUGCUGGUUCAACUAGUAAUUACAAACAUAGAAUGUCUGAUAACUCAGAACCCCUCCAGACUUUUGCAAUCUCAGAGAAGGAUGAUGGUGCAAAGAGUCUGGUUUUCGUUGAAGAUCAUGUGAGAGGCAAUAGAGAAAGAACAGAACCAGGUCAAGCUAAUUCACUUUUUGCAAAUUCUUGUACCACUAAUGCUGUACCAGGGAUAUCCUGUGACACACCAUCUGGAAGGGAGAAACGGGAACCUGCUUCAGAGAUCUGCAAGUUACCCUUGGUCAGUCAACCAGCUGAUCUCUCUGAGAAAGAUGCAGAGAAGAGAAGUGAACCCCUCGUUACCUGCUCAAGAUACUUUUCUCAGUCAGAGAAAACUGAAUAUACCGUGCAGAAGGCGUCAACCCAGACAACAUUUUCCUCAUUAAGUAGUAAAAAGAAGAUGGGUCUCAGUCUACCUAGUCUAGUUCAAGGAAGGGACUGGGAUAAUAAUCAGAGUGAUAGAAAACUAGUUUCCCUUCCACUGCAACAUUCUAAACCACCAUUGAGGAGGGAACUUUCCCAGGUACAAAGUCAGGAGAGCUGCGAGGGUCCAAAGACUUGUUGUGAUGUGCCUGGCGUUAUUGGGUUGCAGAUUGGGAAAAAAUUAAGUGAUUCUUCUACUUUGGAAAGCAAGGAUAUGAUAAAAACAAAAUCUGCUAUGAGGCAAAGAGAAACAAGUCCAGAAAAUCUAGAUACUCUGAGUUCAAGCAUGGAGGUCAACAAAAAAGCAGCACAAAGUAGUGGCAAUGCUGCUUCUUUGGUAUCUAUUCCAACUAUAAAGAAAACUGCGGAUAAACAGAAGCUUUCUUCAAUUGAUAAUAGUAAGAAGACCAUUAAUCAACAUGGACUGAAACUUUCAGGUUUAAACCUUGAUUCUACAAAGUUCCCAAUCGAGAGAGAUACCAAAUCAGUAGGAAAUAUUAGUCGCAACAGGGUUUUUGCCCAUUUUCCGAACUUGCGGAAUCAAUCAGCUGGUAUCCUAUCUAUGAAGCGAAAAACAAUGGGAGUAACGUCAUCUCUCUUUCCCAUAAUGUUCAGUUUUGCCAAUGAGCUUGAGAUCUUUAGCAACGACAUAAUCAAUCAAUAAAGAUAUCUAACUAAAUUAUGCAUAAUAUAGACUUGUAUAUUUCCCAUGACAUUUUCCUGCAACAGGAGGAUACUGCAGGUAUUAUUGCCUUACAUCCAUCUAAACGUCUUUCCCAAUCACCAAAUUCAAUCAGAAAAUUUGUGGAAGCAUCAGCAAAGGUUCUUGACAAAAAGGUAUCCAACCACAAUAACAUGGAAGAUGCCGGCAUCAAAAGUUCAAUUAGCAAUUGCCAAAUCUCUACCUCUCAUAUUUCCCACGACGUGAAGAUUAAAGGAUUUGAGAUGCCAUUCUCGAUUGAAAAUGGUAGCAACAUUAACAAGGCUGAAGCUUAUGGCAAGGAACUUGAUGAUCUUUGCAACAUGCUAAGGGAGAAACACGACGAGGCAAAAGAAAUAUUGGUUCGAGCUGUUGUGAACAGCAAUAAGCUGCUGUUACUCAACAAUCCCCUUUCUGAGGAGAAAAUAUCCUUCAAACCUUCUACCGUGUAGCUUUUAUGGGUUCAAUUUUCAUAAUACAUGACAAUACACAUUGUUUGAACCUUCACUGCAGAAAACAUUCAUGCAGCUCAGGAUUUUUUUGCCAGAUUAACGCUGAACAGCAAAUGAAAUCACAUCAGCCACGGCAAUUAUUUUCCAUAUGAAGGUGAACCUGCUAGCAGCCUUUGGAUCGAUGAUCUGAGGAAACUGAGUCUACUUUCCAACUUCUUUCAAGCAUUUGAGCAUCUUCAACAUGGUACUACUCAUUAGAUUUGUUUCCUAACUGGAGAGCAGCCGUCCUUUCUAUUCCAAGCUUUGGAAUUUCAGAAAGAGGCAAAGUGAUAACCUAGCCAAUUAGACACGGGAAUAUUCAGCCGUAACGUGUAUAAAUAUAAAAAGUUCACUUCGUAUAUAAUCCCGAUAUUGACCAAAAGACAACUUUUUUUUAGUACACACGCAGCGAAUGAAACUCGAACGUGAGGUUCAUCUCGGAACUAACCAUUGGGGGUGGCCCUUGGGACUUGAUGUUGAUUGAGACACAUGCUUACACACUACUUAAUUUUACUCAACUUCUUCCACAUAUUUUAUCAUGAAAGAAUCAAAGUUGGUUGUUGUUCGUGAAAAACGAGUUUAGGCUGUGGAUUUAAUUAAACACUUCAUCACCUUCCUUUCUGGCAUAUCCUUUUGUUAACACAGGCGGAUUGGGAAAUCCAACUAAUUCUUCAGGACAUCAAAUGCUUGGCAGUUGAGUCAUCCUCUGGCCUGAAAUAUCGGUCGGCUAUGGAGGAGUCGGCGUUUUCAUUUUUGCAUUUGAGUUUUGCUUUUAGGACAUGCGCACUUUCCUAGAUGAUGAAUUUUAAAAAAAAUAAUUUUUUUUCUAUUACCCAUCUAGAGAAAUAAAAAAAUAGUCAAUUUUUUGUUUCUCUAAAUCUAUACUCGUUUUAUUUUUAAGAAAUCCCAAGAAAUUCUAUUUCCUGAAUAUUUUGACUUGAACAAAUCAUUGAUCAUCAUGGUCAAGCGCGAUUAAGAUCUCAGUUUUAUCUGAACUUUUCGUUAUGGUUAAAUGAGAGCUAUCUCAUAUUAGCAACUAGCUUAUAUUUUUCAUGAAGUUACCACAUUGAGUCAUGCGAAUCAUCGUACCGGUGGAAAUCAUCAAAAAUGUCCAACAGCUUCUCAUUGAUAACAAAUAUAUUGAAAAAAAAUAAAGAAACUACCAUAUAAACUAUGGAAAUACACCCAAAAUUCGCAAUAUAUAUA